UUAUCGUUGAUACGUGAGUGUCGACUGUCAGAGAAAAGUGCUAUCUUGUCAUUCAAAUAAUUGUGCUCAGUGUUGUUCAAAUUUGCUUACUUCGUUUGAAAAUCGUGUACCAUGUUAUGACGUUGCUCGUAUCGUAAUCGUUCAAAGUCAGAAACUUUACAACCCUAGCCCGAGUGCCUAAAAAACUAAAACCAAAAUUCCAACAUUUGGUUUUUCCCUUCUUAUCAGCAUGUGAAAACCGGCCCUUUUUUAUUUAGCAACUCACCAUUCAGGUUAUUUACAGCAAAAAUGACGGAGUCGCUAGAUAGUGGAACUGUCAACACAAUGCCGUCGAUGGAUGAAAAUGCACCCAACUCAUUAUCUGUGAUGGAUGAGUCGGUGUUCAUUGACUACCUGAAAAAAACUGUGUCUACUAUAUUACAUGGUGACAAAGCGGCUACAGCAGAGGCGUUGGAUUUGGCAUUUGACGAACCUAACAAUGUUGAAUGUAUUAAGAAGUUCAUAUCGGAUUCCAAUACCUCAACAAUUUUUGUUCAGAAAAGUGCCCUUAAAGAUGAGGAAACAGAAAAUGGCACAGAAGGAGAUGAAGAUAAAGAACCUCCCUUAUUCUAUUUAUCUAAUGAAGUUAUAUUUACCAAUCAAAAAAUGACUAGCUUAUCUUUUAUGAAGAGAGGAACUGUAUUAGAAGCUGAUAAGCCAAUUCCAAGUCAAGUACGAAUUGUUCAGUUUAAUGAUGGUUCACCCUAUGAGACAUUACAUGCGUUAGUUAGUAAAGCUAUAACACCAUAUUUUAAAAGUUAUGUGAAAGAAUCGGGAAGAGCUGACAGGGAUGGUGAUAAAAUGGCUCCUUCUGUUGAAAAGACUAUGGUUGAGCUAGAAAUGGGGUUGCUUCAUUUACAACAAAAUAUUGAUAUUCCUGAAGUCACGUUGACCAUAAAUCCUACCAUAUUAGCAAUGGUUAGCAAAUGUGCAGAAGAAAAUCGUAAGCCUAAGGUUUCUGAUUUUGGAGCAUUAGUAGAAGACUCAAAAUUCUUAAACCAACUUCAAGCUGGUGUUAAUCGUUGGAUUAAAGAAAUACAGAAAGUGACCAAUUUGGAUAGGGAUCCAUUAAAUGGAACAGCUUUGCAAGAAAUAAGUUUUUGGUUAAACAAAGAAAGAGCACUACAUCGUAUACAAGAAAAGCGUGAAAGCUUAGAAGUUGGACUCACGUUAGAGAUUUUAAAACAUGGAAAGCGUUUUCAUGCCACAGUUAGUUUCGACAGUGAUACUGGCUUGAAGACGGCUUUAGCAACUGUUAAUGAUUAUAACACUUUGAUGAAAGAUUUUCCUAUUAAUGAUCUGUUAGCAGCCACUGAUCUAGAUAGGAUCCGUGUUGCUAUUGAACAUAUUUUUAUACAUUUACGUAAAAUUCGUAGCACAAAAUAUCCAUUACCUAAAUUAUUAAAAUUAGUCGAAGCAAUUUCCAGGGAUUUAUUGUCAAAAUUAUUAAAAGUUUUGGGUACAAGAUUUUUAAUGCAUAUACCGUUUGAUGAAUUUGAAAAAGUAAUGUUGCAGUGUUUUAAUGUUUUCACGGCAUACGAUGAUGAAUUUGAUAAACUUCAAGUUAUUUUGAGAGAUGUUGUCAAGCGGAAACGCGAUGAAACAUUUAAAGUAGUUUGGAGAAUACAACCAGAUCAUAAACGAUUACAAACUAGACUUGAACACAUGAGAAAGUUUAGACAACAACACGAACAAUUACAAGCUGUUAUAAUGAGGGUACUACGGCCAACUGCUCAACAAUCGCAAAUACGGGAAGAUCAAGAUCAAGGUCCUGUUUCUUUAUCACCUGCCCCAGAUACUAGUGCUAUUGAGGAAGUAAAUUCCGCUUAUGAAAAUAUUAAAGUGGUUGACUGUCUAGACAUUAGUCGUGAAGGAGUUGAAGCAUGGGAAGCUGCAGUUGCCCGUUACGAAGAACGUAUUGACAGAGUCGAAGCUAGAAUUACUGCACAUCUUAGAGAUCAGUUAGGAACGGCUCGUAAUGCUAAUGAGAUGUUUCGUAUAUUUUCUCGAUUCAACGCUUUGUUUGUGCGCCCUCACAUUCGUGGAGCAAUACGGGAAUAUCAAACGCAACUCAUCAAUAAAGUCAAAGAAGAUAUUGAAGCUCUCCAUGAUAAAUUCAAGACCCAGUACCCACAAAGCAAAGCCUACUUUUUGAGUCACCAGCAAGAUAUACCACCAGUAGCCGGAUCUAUUCUAUGGGCAAAACUCAUUGACAGCCAACUUUCAGCAUAUUUGCGACGAGUUGAGGAUGUUUUAGGUAAAGGUUGGGAAGAUCAUUUGGAAGGUCAGAAAUUAAAAGCCGAUGGAGAUAGCUUUCGGUUAAAAUUGAACACUAGAGAUAUUUUUGAUGAUUGGGCACGGGGUGUUCAACAAAGGAACAUGGGUGUAUCUGGUAGAAUAUUCACUAUUGAGAGUACAAGAUCAAGAACUGGUAGAGGAAAUGUGUUGAAGCUAAGGGUAAACUUUUUACCAGAAAUAAUUACACUUUCAAAAGAAGUAAGGCACCUAAAAAAUCUAGGAUUCCGUGUGCCAUUAGCUAUUGUAAACAAAGCUCAUCAAGCCAACCAACUGUAUCCAUUUGCUAUUUCUCUGAGAGAAAGUGUUCGCACUUAUGAAUGUACUUUAGAUAAACUUAUCAAUAGGAAUUCUUACCUUAAGACUGAAGAUAAGACCAGUAUUGUACCUUUGAUAGCUGGUUUACACAAAGAUACCCAAGCACUUAUUGCAGAAGGUAUUCAAAUGGUUUGGGAGAGUUACAAAUUAGACCAGUAUGUACAAAAGUAUGCUGAACAAAUUCUUGCUUUUCAAGAAAAAGUUGAAGACCUACUAGUAGUUGAAGAGCAACUUGAUUUAGAUGUCAAAUCAUUAGAAACAUGUGCUUAUUCUGCAAGUACUUUGGCAGAUAUUCUAUCCAAAAUUCAAAGAGCUGUAGACGAUCUCUCAUUACGACAAUAUUCAAAUUUACACAUUUGGGUUACUCGCCUUGACCAACAGAUUGAGAAAAGUUUAUCGGCAAGGCUGCAAGCUGGUAUUCAGGCAUGGACUGAAGCUUUAGAGGGAAAAAAGAAAGAUUUGAGUAUGGACACAGACGCACCACCUCAACCAACCAACAAACUGGGCGGUGACCCUCAAAUCAAAGUUCAGAUACUUGAAGUCCGAAUAACAAAUCAAACUAUUUAUUUAUAUCCUAAUUUAUGUGAAGCACGUGUUCAACUUAUGCAACAGUUCUUUGCCUGGCAAGCAGUAGUAACAUCUCAAGUUAGGUUACAAAGUUCUAGAUACCAAGUCGGUUUAGACCAACCAACGUCACAAACCUAUCAAGACCUUUUGGCUAAUUUACCAUCCGGCGAAGCUGCUUUAACAGCGGCAUUUGAUGCAAUGGAAAAAAAGAUAAACGAAGCUGAAAAAUACAUGUCCGAGUGGUUAAUUUACCAGUCAUUGUGGGAUUUACAAGCAGACAAUUUGUAUAGUCAAAUGGGAGAAGAUAUCAAUAUUUGGAUGACAUAUUUAAAUGAUAUUCAGAAAUCUCGUAAAACAUUUGACACUACUGAGACUCGAAAAGAUUUGGGGCCGUUCAUCAUAGAAUAUGGCAAAGUUCAAAGUAAAGUAGCUUUAAAAUAUGAUUCUUGGCAUAAAGAAAUUUUGAACAAGUUUGGAGGUCUACUCGGUAACAGUAUGACAGAAUUUCAUGUCCAAGUUGCUAAAUCACGAAAUGAUAUGGAAAAACAAUCUAUUGAAGCAGCAAGUACAUCGGAUGCUGUAUCAUUUAUUACUUACGUUCAGUCAUUAAAACGUAGUAUGAAGGCUUGGGAAAAGCAAGUAGAUCUUUAUAAAAAAGGUCAGAAAAUUUUAGAAAGACAGCGUUUCCAAUUCCCUAGCAACUGGCUUGAUUUAGAUAAUGUGGAAGGUGAAUGGAGUGCAUUUAAUGAAAUCAUAAAGCGGAAAGACAAGUCUAUACAAACUCAAGUUCAAAGUUUACAAAUGAAGAUAAUUGCUGAAAAUAAAGCGGUGGAGACAAGAACUAACGAUUUCCUCUUAGAAUGGGAGCAGGGUAAACCGGUUUCCGGUAGCACCCAACCUGAUGAUGCUUUGUCUCAACUACAAGUAUUUGAAAAUAAAUUCACUCGUAUUAAGGAAGAACGAGAUAACGUAACGAAAGCCAAGGAAGCCCUGGAACUCAAAGACGCAGCUGGAAGUGCAUUGUCUAGUGCAGAAGACCGCAUGAUAGUAGUAUUUGAAGAAAUGCAAGACUUGAAAGGGGUAUGGUCUGAACUAUCAAAAAUAUGGGUACAGAUUGAUGAGAUCAGAGAAAAACCAUGGUUAUCAGUGCAACCAAGGAAGCUACGUCAGCAAUUGGAUGGUUUGACUAAUCAGUUGAAAGAAUUACCUGCUCGAUUUAGGCAAUAUUCAUCUUAUGAAUAUGUCAAAAAACUGCUGCAAAGUUACGUGAAGGUGAACAUGACCGUGAUUGAAUUAAAAUCUGAAGCAUUGAAAGAUCGCCAUUGGAAGCAGCUGAUGCGUAAACUCAGAGUAAACUGGUCUUUUUCAGAUGUAACUUUAGGACAAAUUUGGGAUGUUGAUUUGCAAGCCAACGAAGCUGUUGUUAAAGAUAUCAUAAUGACUGCUCAAGGAGAAAUGGCCUUAGAAGAGUUUCUUAAACAAGUUCGGGAUACAUGGCAAUCAUAUUCAUUGGAUUUAAUAAAUUAUCAGAAUAAGUGCCGUUUGAUAAGAGGAUGGGAUGAACUGUUCAAUACUGUUAAAGAACACAUCAACUCUGUAGCAGCAAUGAAGUUGUCUCCUUACUACAAGGUUUUUGAGGAAGAAGCCUUGACUUGGGAAGAAAAAUUAAACCGCAUCAAUACUCUUUUUGAUGUUUGGAUCGAUGUUCAGCGUAGAUGGGUUUAUUUGGAAGGUAUUUUCUCUGGAAGUGCCGAUAUCAAGACUUUAUUGCCUGUGGAAACAUCAAGAUUUCACAAUAUAAGUUCGGACUUUUUGGGUCUGAUGAAAAAAGUUUCUAAAUCAAGAAUGGUCAUUGAUGUAUUGAAUAUUCAAGGAGUCCAACGGUCACUUGAAAGAUUGGCAGAUUUAUUAGGAAAAAUACAAAAAGCACUCGGAGAGUAUUUAGAAAGAGAAAGAAUGUCUUUUCCAAGGUUUUAUUUUGUCGGGGAUGAAGAUCUUUUAGAAAUAAUCGGAAAUAGUAAAAAUAUCACUAGACUACAAAAACACUUUAAGAAAAUGUUUGCUGGAGUAGCCUCUAUCAUUUUGGAUGAGACAUCUACUAAUAUUCUUGGUAUAGCAUCACGUGAAGGAGAGGAAGUUAUCUUUAGUAACCCUAUUUCUACAGUGGACCAUCCAAAAAUUAAUGAAUGGCUUACUUUGGUUGAAAAAGAAAUGCGUUAUACUUUGGCGUCACGUUUGAGUGAAGCUGUUACUAAUAGUAAACAAUUUAAACAAGAAACCAUCGAUCAUGAUGCAUUUAUGAAAUGGUGUGAUACAUAUCAAGCACAGAUUGUGGUUUUGUCAGCUCAAAUAUUGUGGAGUGAAGAUAUUGAAACGGCAUUGCAUCAAAUUCAUACUCAAUGUGAAAGCGAAAACGGUGCUCCUCCUAAAUUAGCACCUUUAGAAAAUGUUUUAGCUCAAGUCGAAACAUCAUUAAACUUUUUAGCAGAUUCCGUUUUGCAAGAACAGCCUCCCCUGAGAAGAAAGAAACUUGAAUACUUGAUAAAUGAAUAUGUUCAUAAACGUAUGAUUACUAGAAGAUUAAUAUCAAGAAAAGUCUGUAGCGCUCGUUCUUUUGAAUGGUUGUGUGAAAUGAGAUUUUAUUUGGAUGUACAUCAAACUGAUGUUUUAAAACAACUUACUAUACAAAUGGCUAAUGCCAAUUUUUACUAUGGAUUUGAGUAUCUCGGUGUACAAGAUAGAUUAGUACAAACUCCUUUGACUGAUCGUUGUUAUUUGACUAUGACUCAAGCUUUAGAAGCCAGAUUAGGAGGAUCUCCUUUUGGUCCUGCUGGAACUGGUAAAACAGAAUCUGUUAAAGCUCUGGGUCACCAAUUGGGAAGAUUUGUUUUGGUAUUCAAUUGUGAUGAAACAUUCGACUUCCAAGCUAUGGGGAGAAUAUUUGUUGGUUUGUGUCAAGUCGGAGCUUGGGGUUGUUUUGAUGAGUUUAACAGAUUGGAAGAGAGAAUGUUAUCAGCUGUUUCACAACAAAUACAAACUAUACAAGAAGCACUUAAAUCUCAAAUGGAUUCGAAAAAAACUAAUAUUACUGUGGAACUUGUUGGGAAACAAGUUCGAGUUUCUACCGACAUGGCAAUAUUUAUAACUAUGAAUCCUGGUUAUGCUGGCCGUUCAAAUCUACCAGAUAACUUAAAAAAAUUAUUCCGAUCAUUAGCGAUGACGAAGCCUGACCGUCAGCUCAUAGCUGAAGUGAUGUUGUUCUCACAAGGUUUCCGUACAGCCGAGAAGUUGGCGUGCAAAAUCGUGCCCUUCUUCAAAUUAUGUGAUGAACAACUUUCCAACCAAUCUCAUUAUGACUUUGGAUUGCGAGCAUUAAAGUCAGUUUUAGUAUCAGCUGGUAAUGUUAAAAGAGAUCGAAUUCAACAUAUAAAAGGAAUCAGUGCUACAACAGAAAGGCACAGUUUGAACGAAGCUGAAAUUGCAGAGAACUUGCCAGAACAAGAGAUAUUGAUUCAAUCUGUCUGUGAAACCAUGGUUCCAAAACUUGUAGCUGAGGAUAUUCCUCUUCUAUUUUCAUUGCUAAAUGAUGUAUUCCCACAAGUACAGUAUAAACGUGCCCAAAUGACCGUAUUGAAAGAACAAAUUAGAAAAGUAUGUUCAGAAGAAUAUUAUGUUUGUGGAGAAGAUGAUGAGCUUGGAGGUCCCUGGAUGGAAAAGGUUUAUAUGGGGGAGACGUGGAUACAAAAGGUGUUGCAACUAUACCAAAUAUGUGAAUUAAACCACGGUCUAAUGAUGGUUGGCCCUAGUGGGUCAGGUAAAUCUAGUGCUUGGAAAGUGCUAUUGAAAGCUUUAGAACGAAUGGAUGGAAUGGAAGGUCAAGCCCACGUAAUUGACCCUAAAGCUAUAUCCAAGGAAGCAUUGUACGGUGCAUUAGAUCCUAAUACCAGGGAAUGGACUGAUGGUUUAUUUACUCAUAUAUUAAGAAAAAUUGUUGAUAAUGUUCGUGGUGAAAUAAAUAAGAGACAGUGGAUUAUCUUUGAUGGUGAUGUUGAUCCAGAGUGGGUUGAAAACUUGAACUCUGUUUUAGAUGAUAAUAAACUGUUAACUUUACCUAAUGGAGAACGUCUCUCACUUCCUCCUAACGUCAGGAUAAUGUUUGAGGUACAAGAUUUGAAGUAUGCUACUCUUGCUACUGUAUCUCGGUGUGGUAUGAUAUGGUUUAGUGAAGAUGUAUUGACUACUGAAAUGAUAUUUGAAAAUUAUUUAAUGCGGUUAAAAAGUAUACCAAUUGAUGAAGGAGAUGAAGAUUCAAUAUCUCUUAUACCACAACCCUUGUCUGUGAACUCUGGACCCGGCAAUGAACAAUUUAUUUCACCAUCAUUACAGCUCCAACUGGAUAUUGUUUCUAUGCUACAACCGCAUUUAUCAUCUGAUGGUUUAGUUGUUCGCUGUUUGGAGUAUGCCAUGAAACAAGAGCAUAUUAUGGAUUUUACACGAUUAAGAGCUUUAGGAUCACUGUUUUCUAUGAUUAAUCAAAGCAUUAGAAAUGUGCUUCAAUAUAACAGAACUCAUUCAGAUUUUCCCCUUCCUCAUGACCAACUAGAGCAGUACAUUCCAAAAUGUUUAGUGUAUGCUAUCUUGUGGAGUUUUGCAGGUGAUGCAAAACUUAAAGUACGCUCUGAUAUAGGUGAAUUUAUAAGAUCAGUGACAACAGUUUCUUUACCUCCAAUGACAGAAAAUAUUAUUGAUUAUGAAAUUAAUGUCCAUGGCGAUUGGGUGCCAUGGUCUAGUCGUGUUCCACAAGUAGAAGUUGAAACUCAUAAAGUGGCCUCUCCCGAUGUUGUUGUACCUACAUUGGACACAGUUCGACACGAAACAUUGUUAUAUACUUGGCUUGCAGAGCAUAAACCUUUAGUAUUAUGUGGUCCGCCUGGUUCUGGUAAAACUAUGACAUUGUUUUCGGCUUUAAGAGCUUUACCUGACAUGGAAGUUGUAGGAUUAAAUUUUUCAUCUGCGACUACUCCAGAAUUACUAUUGAAAACUUUUGAUCAUUAUUGUGAAUAUCGUAAAACACCAAAUGGAAUUUUCUUGUCUCCUAUUCAACUUGGUAAAUGGCUUGUAUUGUUUUGUGAUGAAAUUAAUUUGCCUGAUAUGGAUAACUAUGGCACUCAAAGAGUAAUAUCAUUUUUGCGACAACUAGUAGAGCGACGAGGAUUUUAUAAACCAACUGGGGAUCAAGCGUGGGUAUCCUUGGAGAGGAUACAAUUUGUUGGUGCUUGUAAUCCCCCAACAGACCCUGGCAGAAAACCAUUGUCUCACAGAUUCUUGCGUCAUGUUCCAGUAAUCUAUGUUGAUUACCCAGGCGAAACGUCUUUGAAACAAAUUUAUGGAACAUUCAGCAGAGCAAUGUUGCGAUUAAUUCCUACGCUACGCGGAUAUGCAGAACCACUCACAAAUGCUAUGGUCGAAUUCUAUUUAGCGUCUCAAGAACGCUUUACGCAAGACAUGCAACCACAUUAUGUAUAUUCUCCCAGAGAAAUGACUAGGUGGGUCAGGGGAAUAUGUGAAGCAAUUAGACCAUUAGAAACGUUAAGUGUUGAUGGUUUGGUACGACUUUGGGCACAUGAGGCCUUACGUCUAUUCCAAGAUCGUUUGGUAGACGAUUCUGAACGCCAAUGGACCAAUGAAAAUAUAGACAUAGUAGGCAUGAAACAUUUCCCCGGAAUCAACAAAGAAGAAGCCUUGCAGCGACCAAUACUUUACAGCAAUUGGUUGCACAAAGAUUACGUACCAGUCGAUAGAAAACAACUUCGUGAUUAUGUGGCUGCCAGGCUAAAGGUGUUCUAUGAAGAAGAGUUAGAUGUCAAAAUAGUACUGUUUGAUGAAGUUUUGGAUCACGUACUAAGGAUAGACAGAAUAUUUAGACAACCGCAAGGCCAUUUGUUAUUAAUUGGUGUAUCUGGAGCUGGAAAAACUACCCUUUCCCGUUUUGUAGCAUUUAUGAAUGGUCUUUCAGUAUUCCAAAUAAGAGUUCAUAAUAAAUAUACAAGUGAAGAUUUUGAUGAGGAUUUAAGAGCAGUGUUAAGAAGAUCUGGCUGUAAAAACGAAAAAAUAACAUUUAUACUCGAUGAAUCAAAUGUAUUAGAAUCUGGAUUCCUUGAGCGUAUGAAUACUUUGUUGGCUAAUGGAGAAGUUCCUGGUUUAUUUGAAGGAGACGAGUUUACUACUUUGAUGACACAAUGUAAAGAAGGAAGUCAAAGAGAAGGUUUGAUGUUAGAUUCUAAUGAAGAAUUAUAUAAAUGGUUCACUGGGCAAGUAAUGAGAAAUUUACAUGUUGUAUUCACAAUGAAUCCCAGUUCAGAAGGAUUGAAAGACAGAGCUGCUACAUCUCCAGCACUUUUUAACAGAUGUGUACUUAAUUGGUUUGGAGACUGGUCUGACACAGCACUUUUCCAAGUUGGUCAAGAAUUUACUCGAGCCGUUGAUUUAGAUGGGCCACCUAUGUGGAAAGCUCCCGAUUUUUUCCCAUCAGCAUGUUCCUUAGUACCUAGUAUUCCUGAUUAUCGUAGUGCGGUUGUGAAUGCUUUUGUUUAUGUUCAUCAAACCCUACAUAAAGCCAAUAGCCGCUUAGUGAAAAGAGGUUCAAGAACUAUGGCAAUUACACCAAGGCAUUACUUGGAUUUUAUAAAUCACUUUGUCAAGUUGCAUAAAGAAAAGCGAGCAGAACUUGAAGAGCAGCAACUUCAUUUGAAUGUGGGUUUGUCAAAAAUUGCUGAAACUGUGGAGCAAGUAGAAGAGAUGCAAAAAUCAUUGGCAGUCAAGUCAAUCGAGCUAAAUGCUAAGAACGAAGCAGCCAAUGCAAAAUUGCAACAGAUGUUUAAAGAACAACAUGAAGCUGAAAAACGAAAAGUACAAUCUCAAGAAAUACAAGAGCAGAUAAAAGCACAGCAAGUGUUAAUAGCAGAAAAGCGAAAAGAUGUCAUGGCCGAUCUCGCACAUGUCGAACCUGCUGUUUUAGAUGCUCAGCAAGCUGUCAAGGAAAUUAAGAAACAGCAGUUAGUGGAAGUACGGUCUAUGGCUAAUCCUCCUGCAGUUGUGAAAUUAGCUUUAGAGUCCAUAUGUUUACUGCUUGGGGAAAAUGCAUCGGAUUGGAAAUCAAUCAGAGCAGUUGUUAUGAGAGAAAACUUUAUAAAUUCAAUUGUUACCAAUUUCAGCACGGAAAACAUUUCUGAUGACGUACGUAAGAAAAUGCAUAUCAAUUAUUUAAAUAAUCCAGACUACACAUUUGAAAAAGUUAAUAGAGCUAGUAUGGCUUGUGGUCCUAUGGUUAAGUGGGCAAUAGCACAGGUCAGCUAUGCAGAUGUAUUAAAGAGAGUAGAGCCAUUACGCGAUGAGCUAAAAUCACUUGAAACCCAAGCGUCAGACAAUAAAGUUAAAAAUGAGGAAACAACUGCACUUAUUUCUCAACUGGAACAGACUAUCACAGAGUACCAAGAAGAAUAUGCUCAGCUCAUUUCUCAAGCUCAAGCAAUCAAGUCCGAUUUGGAGAAUGUCCAAAGCAAAGUUGACCGAUCUAUUGCUUUAUUAAAAUCUUUGGUUAUCGAAAGAGAGAGGUGGGAAAGUACAAGAGAUACAUUUAGAUCCCAGAUGGCCACAAUUAUUGGCGAUGUUCUGUUAUCUUCAGCAUAUUUGGCUUACGCUGGAUACUUUGAUCAACACUAUCGUCAAAACUUAUUCACUACAUGGUGUCAACACCUUUACUUAGCAGGAAUCCAAUAUAGAUCUGAUAUUGCACUAACCGAAUAUUUGUCUAAUCCAGAUGAAAGGCUCCGAUGGCAUGCUAAUUCAUUACCUACUGAUGAUUUAUGUACAGAGAACGCAAUCAUGUUAAAGAGGUACAACAGAUAUCCAUUAAUAAUUGAUCCGUCAGGUCAAGCAACCGAAUUUAUAUUAAAAGAAUAUGCAGAUGCAAAGAUAACAAAAACUAGUUUCCUUGACGAUUCCUUCAGAAAGAAUCUCGAAUCCGCUUUACGUUUUGGAAAUCCCCUUCUAGUACAGGAUGUUGAAAAUUAUGAUCCGAUUUUAAAUCCUGUAUUGAAUCGAGAAUUACGUCGCACCGGUGGUCGUGUAUUAAUUACUCUGGGUGAUCAAGACAUAGAUUUGUCACCCAAAUUUGUUAUAUUCCUGUCUACACGUGAUCCAACUGUAGAAUUUUCGCCGGACAUUUGUUCAAGAGUUAUGUUUGUUAAUUUCACAGUUACCAGAUCAUCAUUACAGAGUCAAUGUUUAGAUCGCGUUUUGAAAGCUGAACGUCCUGACAUUGAUACCAAACGGUCUGACCUUCUUAAACUUCAAGGUGAAUUCCAUUUGAGAUUGAGACAACUAGAAAAAUCACUAUUACAAGCAUUGAACGAAGCUAAGGGUAAAAUUUUGGAUAAUGAUUCUGUAAUAACGACAUUGGAAAGACUUAAACAAGAAGCAGCCGAUAUAAGCAAAAAAGUAGAAGAAACUGAUAAAGUUAUUGCUGAAAUUGAAACUGUUUCUCAGCAGUAUAAACCAUUGGCUCAAGCUUGUAGCAACAUGUAUUUCACUAUGGAUAGUUUGAAUCAAGUUCAUUUCCUUUAUCAGUAUUCGUUGAAAUUCUUUUUGGAAAUAUUUAGUUCUGUACUUUUGUCCAAUCCAAGAUUAACAUCUGUUACCGAUCAUACAUCGCGAUUAGAUAUUGUCACAAAAGACCUAUUUUCAGUGUGUUACGAGAGAGUAGCUCGGGGCAUGUUACAUAAUGAUCGGUUAACAUUUGCAAUACUUUUGUGUCGAAUAAGUUUGAAGGGUACUUCUAUUGGUAACACGUUAGACUCUGAAUUCCAAUUUUUCCUUCGUGGCAAAGAAGGAGUUUUGAGUUCUAACAAUUCGUCAGGGCAAGGUUCGCUGAGUAGCUUAAACCAAGAUCAGAUCGAAGCUAUGGUAAGGUUGUCACAUAGAAUUCCAGCAUUUAAACAUCUACAAGAACGUGUCGAAGAAAUGCCUGAAUUUGGACCUUGGCUAGCACAAAACACACCAGAACAAUGCGUACCUAAACUUUGGGACGAACAAACUCCGUUUAGUCCUGUAGCGACAGCAAUGUACCAACUUCUUGCUAUUCAAGCAUUUAGACCAGAUAGAGUCGUGGCUUCAGCAUAUCUAUUCGUCGAAGCGACAUUUGGAGCUUAUUUACUUUCCUCAGCUGAACGUGAACCGGAUUUGUCAACAAUAGUUUUGAACGAAUUAGAUUGUAGUGUACCAGCAUUAUUGUGUUCAGUCUCGGGAUAUGAUGCUUCUGGUCGUGUGGAUGACCUCGCUGCUCAAAAUAGUCAGCCGUUGUCAUCCGUAGCCAUUGGAUCGGCUGAAGGAUUCCGUCAAGCCACUGACGCUAUAAAUUCAGCUGUUCGUCUUGGACGAUGGGUACUGUUGAAAAAUGUACAUUUAGCUCCUCAAUGGCUAGUACAAUUGGAGAAAAAGUUACACAGUCUUCAACCGCAUACCAACUUUAGACUGUUCCUAACUAUGGAAAUCAACCCUGGUGUGCCUGUGAAUUUGUUAAGAGCUGGUCGUAUAUUUGUCUUUGAACCACCCCCCGGUGUGAAAGCCAAUUUGAUCCGUACAUUUAAUACUAUUCCAGCAUCUCGAAUGAUGAAAGUACCCAACGAAAGAGCCAGACUGUACUUUUUACUUGCAUGGUUCCACGCUAUUGUACAAGAGCGUUUACGCUACACUCCACUCGGUUGGGCUAAACAUUAUGAAUUCAACGAAUCUGAUCUUAGAGUAGCUUGUGACACACUAGAUACUUGGAUAGAAACAACGGCUAAAAACCGCACAAAUUUACCUCCUGAAAAAAUUCCUUGGGAUGCAUUGGUCACAUUGUUGUCCCAGUGUAUUUAUGGUGGUAAAAUUGAUAACGACUACGAUCAAAGACUGCUAGCGUCAUUUUUAGGUAAAUUGUUCACCCCUCGCAGUUUUGAAACUGGUUUUGCAUUGGUCGCUAAUGUGGAUGGUGUUGGUGGAGACGAUAAUAGACAAAUAACAAUGCCUAAUGGAUCGAGAAGAGACCAUUUUUUGCAUUGGAUUGAAAACUUAUCAGACAGACAAUCACCAUCAUGGUUAGGAUUGCCGAACAAUGCUGAAAAAGUACUCCUGACUACUAGAGGUACUGACUUGGUAAGUAAAUUGUUGAAAAUGCAGCAGCUUGAAGAUGAAGACGAACUCGCUUAUGUUACUGAUCAAGUAAAUAAGGAUGGUGGACCUGAGUCCAGCAUUGGUUUGCCAACACCAGAUGGAAGGCCGGCUUGGAUGAGGACAUUGAACAAUUCGGCCACUACAUGGCUUCAAUUAUUGCCCCAAUCACUACAGACAUUGAAACGUACAGUAGAAAAUAUUAAAGAUCCCUUGUACCGUUACUUUGAACGAGAAGUGAACUUUGGUUCAAAGUUAUUGCAGGAAGUCAUACACGACUUGAACGAAGUAGCCGCUAUAUGCCAAGGCGACAAGAAACAAACUAAUUAUCACAGAAGUUUAUUGAGUGAUUUAGUUAAAGGAAAACUACCGACUGGGUGGCGUCGGUACACAGUACCCAACGGGUGUACAGUUAUACAGUGGAUAUCUGAUUUUAGCCAGCGCGUUAAACAAUUGCAACAAGUAUCGCAACUAGUUUCACAGCGUGGAGCAAGUCAAAUAAAAUCUUUCCCCGUUUGGCUUGGUGGUCUUUUAAAUCCAGAAGCUUACAUUACAGCCACUAGACAAUGUAUUGCUCAGGCAAACUCGUGGUCUUUGGAAGAGUUAAUUUUGGACGUUACUAUUACGGAUACAUUUGAGUAUGAUGCAGAUAAACAAGAUGAGUGCAGCUUUGGAGUUAUUGGUCUUAAGCUACAGGGUGCUCAGUGUCGUAACAACCAAUUAUUGUUAACUUCGUCGAUAAUGACAGAUCUACCUGUAACACUUCUACGGUGGACACAUGUUUCAACUGAAGAGUGCUUGAGACCCAAUAAAUUGUCUUUGCCGGUCUAUUUGAAUUCAACUCGUUCAGAAUUGUUAUUUACCGUGGAGUUAGAUGUAGCGCCUGGUCAAGAUCAUCAUACGUUUUAUGAAAGAGGAGUUGCUUUGCUAACGUCUACAGCUUUAAAUUAAGUAAAAUAUACACAUACUAAUAUAAUAUAUAAAUUUAUUGAAUUAUAUUAUAAUGCAUUGUACUUUAAAUAUCUUUAUCAUGUCGUGGUCCCAAAGCACGGUGCCAUUUAUUUAAUAUUUAUAAUAUCCUAAACAAAUCUUUCAAAUAGCUGUGAAUGCAUAUUAUUUAUUAACUUAUUUUAUUACUUGUCUAAUUUUAUGUUCUAUCAUAUUAAUAAAUCAAUUUUUAUAAUCAACAUAUUUUUAUAAUAGAUAAAAUAAUAUUUUUAGGCUUAAUGUUAUAGUUUGAAUUUAUUGUCGCUCAGUUUGUAUUUGGUUAUAAUUCCUUAAAAAAAAAAAAAUAGUAAUAAUAAUGUUGAGAUCUGUUGUUAUCUCUGAAAAAAUUAAUUGUAAUACAAGUUACUUAUUGAAAUUUAUUUUCAUGUAUUUUUAU